AUGAAGAAGUUUCUGCAGAACAAGAAAGGCAGAUACUCCUUUCGGCAGAGCAAACGGGGCUCUCGGUAUCCGACUAAAGAUUUCUUCCUCGGCAUGCCGACGUCCAACCAGGGCUGGCCCGAGGAGUUCGGCUUCCAGCUGGGCGGAAACGGGCCCAGCUACAUCCUGACGGUGGAGGAGGGCAGCAGCGCCCACCUGGCCGGGCUGCAGGCCGGGGACCAGGUGCUGGAGAUCGAGGGGCACAACGUGUCGACGCUGGGCCCGCAGGCCGUCAUCGCCAUCGCCCAGACGCAGAAGAACAUCCCGCCCAGCAUCGGCGUGGUGUCCCGCAUCCAGCAGAUGGACAUCAUCCCGGGUCCAGACGGCCGCUUCGGGUUCACCAUCGUCGGGGACUGCCCCCUGCUGGUGGAGGACUGCUCCCCCUGCUCCCCGGCCGGCCGCGCCGGCCUGCGGGCCGGGGACUACGUCAUGGAGGUGAACGGGAUCCCCGUCCGGCACCACGAGAUGGCGGCGGCGCUGAUCAAGGCCUCGCAGGGCAGGACGCUGCGCCUGGGCGUGCUGGGCCUCGGCCCGCGGCAGAAACACAGCUUCAGCGCCGAGGACGGUCAGCCGGGAGGAGAGGGGGCCCGGCUGGACCGCAAGCACAAGGCUCUGGAGUUCAACAGGAAGGUGGAGCAGAUUCUAGGCGACGAGCCGGAGGUGAAGGAGAAGCUCUUCAUGGUGCUGAAGCAGUUUGCAGCAGAGAAGAGGGUGGAGUGGCUGGCCGCCGUUCUCCCGGAAAUCCUCACGACCGACGAGCACCGGCAGCUCAUCUCCAGCAUCAGAAUCUUCAUCCCCAAGAAGCACCGGCAGCGCUUCGACGAGGCCGUCAACCAGAACGUCAUCAACCGGCUGUGCCGCAGCAAGAGCAUCAGCGAGCCGCAGGGCCGGAUCCGCCGCAGCCGCAGCGAGGACCACUCGGACCGCCACCGCGGCUCCAAGCGGGCCAGCUCGGUGCCCAGGGACGGCGGCGAGCCCGGCGAGAGGGAGCGCGGCGGCGAGAGGGACCGCGGCGCCAGGAAGUCCGUCUCCGGGAUCCCGGCGCAUCCCCCCGUCGGACCCAACCAGAGGAUGGUUCGUGUCUACAGGGGGAAGAAGAACUUCGGCUUCACGCUGCGGGGUCACGCUCCCGUCUGCAUCGACUCCGUCAUCUCAGACAGCCCUGCGGAGGAAUGUGGCCUCAAACCAGGAGACCGGAUCCUGUUCCUCAACGGCCUGGACAUGAGAAACUGUUCCCACGAGAAGGUGGUGUCCAUGCUGCAGGGCAGCGGGGCGGUGCCCACGCUGGUGGUGGAGGAGGGUCCGUCCGAAUACUCGUCCGAGUCCGACCGACCCGGAGGAGUCCCCCGGCCUGACCGCCCACCACCAUGCCCUCGCUCCAGGUCUCCGGCGCUCAGCUCCCUCCAGUGGGUGGCCGAGAUUCUCCCGCCCAGCAUCAAAGUCCACGGGAGAACCUUCAGCCAGCAGCUGGAGCACCUGCUGACCAUCCAGGAGAGAUACACCGUCUGCAAGGCCCUGGAGACCUUCUUCCAGCACAGGAACGUGGACACCCUGAUCGUGGACGUGUUUCCGGUGCUGGACACUCCGGCCAAGCAGCUGAUCUGGCAGUUCAUCUACCAGCUGCUGACCUACGACGAGCAGGAGCGCUGCCAGAGCAAGCUGUCGCGCUUCCUGGGCUUCAAGAGCAGCGCCGUGCUGGAGCCGGACGGAGCGGCGGAGCACCACCGCCGCAGCAGCUCCAUGCGCGUGACGGGGACGUCGUACCGCAGCAGCCUCCGGGAGCGGAGCUCCGACGACUGCAUCAUCGGGACGCACCUGGGAAUGGGAAUUCAUGUUGAUGAAUCUGGAAACCCGGAGGAGAGACAGUCCGGAGAUGGAACGUCCUUCCCCGAGUCGCCCGACCUCAACCAUAUGACAGGCGUGUACACGGAGCUGGAGACCGUGUACGCUGGGAAGAGAGCCCGAGGCGCCGGGACAGCCCGAGGGCUACAGCCGCCCUCUCUCGCCCCUCACACUCCCCCGCUCACCGGUAAUCUUUCAGGUAACCGCAAGUCCGGCCUGACGCUGUCCUGGAAGGAGCCGCUCCCCACGCCGGUCUAUGAGAUCCACCACCAGAGCAGCGUGGACUCCAACCCCUACGUCAGCCUGGAGAGCCCCCCCGCCUCGCCGCAGCACUCGGACAGCGGCGGCGGCGGCGGCGGGCCCAACACGCUGACCCGGCGCCGGAAGCUGUUCACCUUCUCCCGGCCGCCGCGCAGCCGCGACACCGACAAGUUCCUGGACGCCCUGAGCGAGCAGCUGGGACACCGAGUCACGCUGGUGGACGACUUCGUCCCCGGAGAGAACGACUACGAGGAGAUGAGUUUCCAGGACGACCAGGACGCGGGCUUCAUCCGCCGCCAGCUGAGCAGCGGCAGCAGCGAGGAGCACAGCAGCAGCGAGGAGGCCUCCUCCCCGUCCUACUCCUCCGAGCCCGAGCCCAUCCCGCCGCCCCCCACCCAGAGCCCCCCGCCCCCGCCGCCCUUCCAGGCGCUCAUCCCGCCCCCCGUGCAGUUCACGGACACGCUGCCGCCCGUGCGCUUCUCGCCGGAGCACGUCCCCCGCAGCCGGAUGCCGUUCCAGCCGCACCACCCCCAUCAUCCCGCCGCCCCCGCCCCCCCGCGGACCCUCCUGUCCGGCCGCUCCCCGCUGCACAAGGCGCUCCCGGGCCGGGAGGAGCCGGAGAAGAACCCACCAGCGCUUCCAGGGCGGCCCCGCCCGCCCAACCGCUCGGCCACGCCACCACCCUGCGCUCCUCGCAGCCGUCCCGCCCCUGCUGCCUCCCCCGCCAGCUCAGCCAGCCGCAGCCGCUGCGCCAGACCUCCCCCCAGCCGUCCCCCCAGCCGCUACGGCCCAGCCAGCUGGUCCUGCAGCGCCACCACCAGCUCCACCACCAGCAACAGCUACCAGGGCCCGCUGCCGCCGUCCCUGCAGGAUCACGGCCCGCCGCCGUGCCAGAGCCACGGCCCCGCCGGGCCCCCCGCCGGCCCCCAGCCGCCGGCCCCCCACUGCUCCUCCCUCCCCAGCCACUCCAAGACCUACGAAGGCUCUCGGCAGGACCAGCAGUCCCAGCAGGCUGCGCCGCCCCCGCCGCCGCCGCUGCCUCCCCCCUGCGACCCGCCUCCGCUGCCCCCGCCGGGCCAGCAGGCCUCCGACGCCAACCACAUGAGCGUGAAGCGGCUGCGCUGGGAGCAGGUGGAGAACUCCGAGGGGACGAUCUGGGGCCAGCUCGGGGAAGACUCGGAGUACGAUAAGCUCAGCGACAUGGUGAAGUACCUGGACCUGGACCUGCACUUCGGGACUCAGCGCAGACCCAUCUCUCCUCCAGAGCCGGCCUUCCUGCCCGAGAACCUGAAGAAGAAAGACGUGGUGGAGAUCCUGUCGCAUAAGAAAGGCCUAACAACGCAUCU